AUGGAUUCCACGAAAUAUGUUUUCGGCCGCAAUUAUCGCGCCAGUGUCCGAUUAAAUUACCAACACGCUCUCAUUGCGAGCCUGACCGACCAUCGAUCCUUUCAUCCUUCCAUCCGCCGGAAUAUCACCAGCUCCACUUCAUUUCGCGUGGCUGAUCUGGCUAGUGGCACCGCACUUUGGUCAUCCGAAGUAGCUCGUGAAUAUCCACAAUUCCAAGUCGAUGGCUUCGAUAUCUCCUCCGACCAAUACCCUUCCCCCUCCUGGAGACCCGAGAACCUAAUUCUUCACGAACGGGACAUAUUACAACCUUUCCCGGAAGAAUAUCAUGGGGUGUACGAUAUAGUCAAUACCCUCGUAGCGCAAACGCCGUCGCAUAUCUGGAGGGCCAAAAAAGCAACAUCACCACAACAGGUCCCCAUACCCAUGAUCCUGCCAAACCUAAUUGCCAAACUAACACACACUUACAUAGCCACAGACCACCCAUACCCACAAACCAUGGCAGUUGCGAAUCUGAUGCGCAAGACCCCUCCAGACAUCGAAAGCUGGCUCACGGACAAUCCUCAUGAGAUCCUCCAGCCAUUCGGAUUUGAGCAAGUUGCCUGCGACAAACUCUCCCUGCCGGACAUCUACCGCCCACUCUGGAAUCAGUGUCUUCUCCUUGGCUUGGAAGAGUACUGCAGCAAAGUUGAGGAGGACGCUGGCAUGGAUGCUGGUGCAUCUCAUGCAAUGCGUGAUACACUUAACGGACUAAGCCGAGAAUUCGGCGCGGGAACUAGUAUUGAUGUCCACUGGUUCUAUCAGAUCUCUAGGAAAAUUGAAUCUUGA